AUGUCCACCGACAACUCCAACAACAACCCCAACACCAACAACAGCCCCCAGAACGAAAUGCACCGUCAGCGCCGCGGCUCCGUCACCCAGCAGGCCAUCGCCGGCCUCUUCAGAAGCAACUCAACCUCGACCGGUGCAGCUUUCCCCACAGGCACUGCCGAUGCUCAAAGACGUCGUCUGUCCGUCUCCACCGGUCUCGGCCUCACUGGCACUUCGCCCACUGGCCCCAACGCCUUCAACUCUCUUAGACGGGGAAGUCUUUCGACCAACUCCCAAGACUCCAUCGAUGAGAAUGCUGUCGACGAGGAGGAACUGCCUCCUAAUGCUCGCACCGCACCUACCACUCCCUUCACUCGCAGAAUGAGCUUUGGAGCUCAGGCGAUGCGCAACCUGCGCACCGGCGGUGGAAGUCCGGGAUCAAACGGUAACAACCCACCUGCUUCUGCUUCUACUCCUGCUUCCUCUUUGCCCAUCACGCCUGCUCCCACCGACAGACGCGGCAGCGUUAAUUCCCCGCGAAGCGUUGGGACCGGUGUGAAUGCCACGCCGCCCAACAGCACCUCGUCUAUCACAGCCGCCCUGUCGUCGGCCAGACGUGGCAGCAGUACUGCCCAGGCAAGCAAUGCACACAGACAAAGAUCAUCUUCUGACGUGUUCUCGCGCCCAGACCAAGGUUUCAACUGGUCCGAGCAGCUUAGAUCUCGCGCCGAGAGCUCCGUCCAGGGCUCACGACCAUCCUUUUCUUUCGGCUCCGGCCUCUCAACCUCGCCUCCUCGCGGCAUGCCCAACGGAAAUCACGACCGAACCAAGUCUGUUUCUGACAUGCCUGCUCCGCCCGCCCAGGCUGCUGCCAUGAAGCCUAAGGCUCCCGAGCGACCGAAGCCCGAUGCCUUCCAGGAACGCAUCCUGAAGGGCGACUUCUACAUGGACUGA